AGAAAGAGUCAUUUCUGUAAGCUUAGAGUUUGAGUAUCAUGCUUCUUUAAUUUGUUAGAGUAUAUUAAAAAUGACAGCUUAUAACUAUCUUCAUUCGAUGGAUUCGUUUCGUUUCUGCAUGUACUCUUUAUAAACGGUCCAAAUCAGUCGCUCACUACACUUGCCACAUAAAAAAAAAACAAACGUCAUCAAUGUCACCAUUGUUCGUUUAGCCAUGACUGAAAGAUGUCAAACGAAGUUUACGGAAAAAUUUGAAAAUCAAAAUUAUGUUAUUUAUGUUGGAAUUCUUGUUGCUUCGCUAGCCGUGUUAUAUGUAUACAGAUUUCACUUCGCGACGAUAGCAGUCAGCUAUGUGCUGGGAUGUGUGGCUUGUUAUUACGGGCUGAAUUCCAACGUUCUGGACAGUUUAGUGAAUAAAAUAAAGUGCCAUUCAGUGGUGAGCAAUGUUGAGGACGAGGCCGAGAAAAGCGGCGAAACGGGUUGUGCUACAUGUGGCUUAAACAGCUGUCCCCGGCAUGACUCUGCCGCAUCCUCGGAGCCCUGGGUGGGGCUCCACAUACACAAGCAGUUGGACGAAGCCAUUGAACAGUUUUACAACGCGAUACUGGAGCAGUUUAUCGGCUCGUGGUACAAGAGAUUGUCAGAGCGGUGGUUAUUUACUGACGAGUUGAGAUUGCAAUUGAGACGAGCCUCUGCUAGGCUGCUGCGGAGGGCGCUUAAGGUUAACUACUCCCGUUUCCUAACGGAGCGUCUAAUCCCAUGCGCGCUGCGGCACUACACGCUGUACGCUGAAGCGGGAGCGGAGCCUGAAGCGGGCGCGGGAGCGGGGCGGGUAGCGAUCCACGCCGCCGCUAGCAGUCGCGCUGCCGAACUUAAAUAUUUAAGAAGCGUCACGGACGCUAUUAUGCCAUAUUUGCUGAACGAUGAUGAGUUACAUAAUGCAGUAUUCCAUGUGCUAGUUCGUGAAAUAUUCGCCGGCUGGGUGCUGUUGUCAUUAACGGACCUCCUAGCAGACCCUUACAUAAUAAACGCGCUCAUAAUCCUGGCCACUGGAGACGAGACUAUGGCGCAGUUGAAGACCACACCUGAUUAUAGGGUGGAGUUCCUCUCAACAUUAGCCCGACAGUCCGGUUCCUCGCACGAAGAGCGAGCGCGGCUUCUCCACGUAGACCUGGAGCUGCUGGUGGGCGAGCCGCGCCAUCUUUACGCUUUCAUGCAACACGUCAAGUCUACAAGCCAACUGCAGCUUCUACAGUUUUAUAAGGACAUAAAACUGUUUCAAACCAAGCUGCUAGAUCCGAACCUCAAGCCGAGCGAACAAGAACAAGCAACAUUAUUCCGCGAAGCGGCAGAGUUACUUGCCCGUCGCGGUAACACAAGCGUCAUACAUAAUGGUGACCUUAAGAGAUUACAAACAUGCCCGGAAAUAUUCACGGCGGCAAACGAAGUGCAAGCCAUGCUUGAGAACGUGCUGCUGCCCCGUUUCUUACACAGUGAGGAGUAUUACAAAAUAUUGAUUGGAUCAAGAAUACCCACAGGCUAUCAGAAACAAAACAAGAGUAUAUCCAGGGCAGCGGCGGUCCGCGCUAGAGGCCCCCCGCGCGCGCCCAGCUCGGGCCUGGUGCUGGAGCACUGCGGCAACGAGGACGCCGACGACGGCGCCCUGCUGGCGUGCCUGGAGCACCUCGCCGACGAGCUGGAUGACGACCUUGUCACCUACAAGGUCGUGCUGACCAGCAUCGACAUCAGAAUGCAAGCCCCUCCCCGCACCGGCACCGUGCGCGUGUUCACCCUCUGCGUGUACUGCGUGGAGCGCGGCGCCGAGCCCCGCGCCUGGACUGUAGAGAGAAGCGAGCACGACUUCCACCUGCUGCGGAGCAAGCUGCUCGAGUUCCACGGCGAGCGCCUGCUGCAAGACCUGCAGCUGCCUUCCAGGAGAGACAACAGCCCAUUGGAAACGCUUCGCUACAAAUACGAAGACUUCCUCCAGCGUGCACUAGAAGCGCCCCUGCUCCAGAGCUCCGCACUGCUCCGGCUGUUCCUCUCGUGCCCCGACUUCGCUCUCGCGGCGGCCGCGGCUGCCCUCAACGGACCUGAUAUCGGGAAUAUGGUCACGGCGGUUACCCAUCGGCUGAGAAAGGAGAAAGGACAACAUUUGGAGUCAUUCUUAAGGAACUAUUUACUGUCUGCUGAUUUGGAGCGAUAUCAAGCGCUAAAGCAAGGUGCGGGCGUAGAAGAGGCUCAAGAAGUGAGCGAAGACGUUAACAAACGGCCGCGUCGCCGCGACAUCAGAGAAUCAGUAUUUGGCAACAAUUUCGAUGUGGAACCCAGCGGGGAAAUCAUCGAUGGCAGCUAUCAAGACAAAGUCAAGGGAUUCACGCAGUGUCUUAUGUAUUUAUUAAUAAAAGUGGUCCACGCACGCGGCUGGGUCGCGCACGUGGUCGGCGGGGCGGUGGCCGCCGUGCGCCGCGCCGUGGACGACGCCUUCGAGCGCUGGCUCACCAACACGCUCGCCCGCAGCCUGUGCGAGCGGCGGCUGGCGCAUCUCAUCAGGCUGGGGCACGGUGAGUGA